GCUGUAGACCGGCAACGUGUUCUUCGUUUGCUUUCGCUUUCAUACCAUUCGCACUUGUUUCGCCUACAUCGUCAACUCAUUUCGAUACAUUUAAACAUCUGUCGUUUAAUUCACCUUUCUCUCGUACUCUCCUUGAAAUCGUAACAAAUUUUCGAGUGACCACAGGACCGGAAUUACCUCGAGAAGGACACGUGUCUUAAUUGAACGAGAAAGAAGGGAUAAGUGAAUCGAUCAUCCGGAAGGAAAAUGCAAGUCUACGAGGAAGAUCGCGGAUUACUAUGCGUCUCUCGAGAGAAACUGUUGAACGAGAAGAACUCGUGUGAAGAGAAGGUGCCGUUGAGUCUUUCCGAGCUUAUAAAAGCUUUGCACGAAGCAUUCUCGAAGGACGACACGAGAAUCGAGGACGUUAAAAAUCUGAUGGCUUCCUACAGGAGCAACCCAGCGGAAUGGAAGAAGUACGCGAAAUUCGAUCGAUACAGGUAUACGAGGAAUUUGGUCGAUGAAGGAAACGACAAGUUCAAUCUAAUGGUUCUAUGCUGGGGAGAAGGUCAUGGCUCGGGCAUACAUGAUCAUCCUAAUUCACACUGUGUGAUGAAAAUUCUUCAAGGUGAACUUUGUGAGACACGAUAUACGUGGCCUGUGAUGAAAAAUGAAGACAAAGAAACAAGAGAACUUGAAGUACUAGGAAAAACUACUCUUGGUCUUAAUGAAAUAUGUUAUAUCAAUGAUUCCUUGGGGCUCCAUAGAGUGGAGAAUGCGAGCAACACGAAUCCCGCUGUUUCGUUGCACUUGUACACGCCGCCCUUCUCCACGUGUUCCGUCUUCAACAAGCAGACUGGACAGAAGACCUCGUGUAAAGUGACGUUCUGGUCGAAAUACGGAGACAGGAGACAGCGGGAGAUUCAAGAUGCCAGAUCUCCGGAGGACAAUUAAUUUUUUGAAAAUGAAACUGAAGGAAGAGGUGAUUUUCUUAAAAAAUAUGUUAAAGGGGAAGGAUGGAGGUAGUAUAUGAAUUUAGAAUGAUUAGUACGUAAUAUUGUAGAAAGUGUUAAGUACUUAAAUGUAUAUAAGGUUAAAUACGACGCUUUAAUUUCUUCUCGAUUUCUGCGAUUAGAAGAUUGUUCUGCUACGUUGAUCGAAUUAAAAUCUAAGACGCAAGAAACAGGUACCAGACGUCAGAGUAAUAUUCUUCUGGAAAGGGGAGGGGGAAAUUCGAAUUCACUUUUUUCUUAAUUCUAAGGCAAAGUUUUCUUAGAAAUAUAUAUGAACGUUGUUCGUGCACUUGUGUUAUUGGAAGGACGUAUAUAUAACACUCGAACAUACUACAGAAGGAUAUUCGUGUUUACCAUUGAGAAAAAAGUGUUUUUAACAUGGAGGUUAAGGCACAAAUGUUUAAUGUCGCAGUUGAGGAUGUGCACGACUGAUGCGCAGGAAAAUAACAUUCCGUGCAAACGGGAUCGUCGACCCCGUACCCUUCGGUUAAAGAAAUCACGAUUUCUCGUAUUUAUUUUAUCUUUUAAACACUUCUAAACGACACUUAUAUUAAGAAAAGAUGAAUCGAUGUUCGUUGAAAUACAUAUUAUGUUUAAUAAAGCAUAUAAUUAUCAAAGGUUACUAGAGGACACGUUGUAAACAUUCCGUACUGCCGUUGAAUUGAAAAAAAUUCAUUCUCAGGAGAGAAUUUAUGCAAAAUUUCUUACCUAACAUGUCUGCUAGUUCUUUCCCUCCUUCUGUUAAUUACUUGAAUCGCACAACACAACACAAAAUUGAGAAAUUAAUAAAUCAAACCACUACGAGCACACGAACAUGUUAACAAAACGAGGGUAGGACGACUAAUGACCGGCAAGACGCAAGUGACCGGCAACAACGUAUUAGUUGUGAUUGGUCGAAACAAAACCGCGGAAAAUUCGAAUUAAAAACUCA